AUGAGGAGCCGGUUGGCCGCAUUUAAUAAUCGGGAUGAUCAUGUGCUGGAGAUAGCCGAACGGCUACAGGAAUGCGAGGCGGAGAUCACAGCCGUGUUAACGCACUUCGAGGAACGAGCCACCGCAUAUGAAGUCGACGUGGAGAAGAUGCCGCAGGCCAUCCCUGGUCUCUUGACAGACACGGCCGAACACUGGUUUCGGACAAGUCAGCUGCUAGGAGAAUCGUGGACGAACUUCAAGAAGGCGUUUCUGGAUUUCUUCCUGCCACCCAGAGCGGGAUACAACGCGGAACAGGAGUUUGAACGCAUCUAUGAGAAUCUCCAGCCAGAUUAUCAGAUGUACGCCAGGAGACACGACUUCACAACUUUGGAGCAGCUUACCACUCUAGCGGUCAACUACGAGGUCACCCGCGAUCGAGCCACAGGAAGCCAUGCAAGAAUGUUGGCCGAACUACAGCCACCACCAAGAAGAGAUGACCACGAGACCGCGGUUUAUGCAGGAGUACCACCAACGAGUUACCCAUCGCGUUAUACUCAAGCCGUCGAUUUGACACGGACCAGCCAGCCCGCUCGACGCAAGAAAGCUCGUCUCAGGCCUGGGCCAAAAGGCCAUACACCCCUGGACAGCAGCGGUGGUGCCAAGCCUGUUACCAUCCGCUCCCCGUCGAGUGACCUUUGGAGACGUGACCGCGAGCUCCGAGAGAGGGUGCCGGCGUUGGCCACGGCCGCCACCACAAGCAACGACGACGAUGAUCUGGCCACCGUCAUCCCGGGAAAUUCUUCCCCGGGCAAGGAGAAGGAGACGCCAGGGCUGGCCGCGGCCAUCACAUCCGCCGCGUCCACAUCACCACGGAGAACGAGAUUUCCAUUUUUUCGCGCCCCCGAAGAAAGAGGGGGAUGUAGCAGCCACAAUAGUGGAAAUCCACCCGUGGGAAUUCCUUCGGUUAGGGCAAGGAUUCUGGAGGCCCUACCUAACACUCCAACACACCCUGUCGUAUCGGUGGCUGACUUGGCCGCCACGCUAGGUAAUGCACCAAGCCAGAAGGAAGAGAAGAGCAGGGGAGACGCGGCGGCUUUCAGGAAGAGCAGCCUGUUGGCACAUUCCCCACCCCUCGUGCCACCCUCGGCGCCGGAGAGGAGUGCGGUCGGCGAUCCCACCGACUCGGUCAAGAGGGGCAGAGACCCGGCCAGCCCGACGAGCGGUUCAAAGGGUACGCUUCCAAAGAGAAGCAAAGCCGCCCAGGAGGAGGCCGUCGUCGAGGUUGAGCAGGAGAGGACGCUCACUCGCAACGAGUGCGUCACCAAACUGGGAAAGCUGCUGGACGAACUCCACGGUCUGGUGCAUGAGAAGCAGGUGCGCCAUAUUAACAUCGCAAUGAAGGCGAUGAUAGCAGAGAUGCGGAAGCUCAAAACCGGCAUCGAGCAGUCGGCAGUGGAGCCAGAGAGAAGGAGUGAGCCGGAGAGCGUGUGCUGCAGAUGCUCCCAGAUUCUACCAGCCGGGAAGCUGGUAGAAAACAAGGCACAAAAGACGGCGGUAGUGCCAAGGAAAGAUCGGGCAGUCCAGACUGACCCGUGGAGAAGGGUCAGCCAACAAGACGGCAUAGCCGGGGCUAGUCACGUCCCCAGGCAGAGGCGAACCCCCCUAGCCCAGGCCACAGCCCGUGCCGCAGCCCCUGCAGCACCGAGAAACGGUGCCAAAAAGGCAAGGCCUGAUGCCCCAGCGAUGCCUCGGGUACCGGAGCGGCGGCAUGAGAGUGUAGUAAGGCCACCUGAACCCGAGCCUGUGACUGCCGGGAAUUCGUGGAGCACAGUGGCUAAAAAGAGGAACCAGACUCGCAGAGCACGCCCAGACGCGGUGGUAGUGGAAGCUCCAGGGAAGAGCUACAGCGAGAUCCUGGCCCUGGUCACGAGAAGGGAGGACAGGCAGCUGACCGAUCUCGGAGGGGCUGUCACCAAAGUUCGCCGGAUGGCUAGGGGGAAUUUACUCCUCGAGGUAGCCAGAGGGAGCACAGAGAGCGCUGAGUCCAUGAGAGACAGCAUCUCCAGGGUCCUGGGCGACGCUGCGGAAGUGCGAGCCCUAACGGAGGAGUCGAAGGUCUGCGUCUUCGAGAUACGUAACCUCGACGCGAUCGCGACGGAGAAGGAGAUCCGUACCGCCCUCGCGGAGCAAUACCAGCUCUGCGACGGAGCAGUGAGGAUACGAAGCCUCCGCCCCGGGUACGGGGAUUCCAAAACGGCGGUCUUCAGCCUGCCAUGCUCGAUGGCGAAGGAGGUCAGACGGCUCGGCAAAGUCCGCAUAGGCUGGACCAUAUGUAGAGUGCGGGAGCGCGAGGGCCCUCCCCGCUGCUUCAGAUGCCUGGAGCUUGGCCACAUCGCCAUUAGGUGUAAGAGCCUGGUGGAUAAGAGCGGCAUCAAGUGCGGCGAAGCAGGCCACAAGGCAGUGGCCUGCAAGAAGGAGCCAGUGAUCCUUCCAGCGAGCUCCGGAGAGGCCAACGUUCGACCCGGCAGCAAAAGCCGCCAGGCCGGAAGAGGCGCGGCGCAGGACCUGCUGAUGCAGACGGUGCGCGAGGUAGCGACGGAUGUGGCCAUACUCAGCGAGCCAUACAGGGCGAGCGUGGGAGGAGAGUGGGCCAAGGACCGCUCUGGCAAGGCGGCCCUUUGGCUCUGCGGAGACAGGCGGCUGCGCAUGUCCAACAUCCAGGUAGCAGACGGAUUCGUCCGGGCGGAAGUUGGCGGCUACUGUAUCUAUAGCUGCUACUUGGCGCCUAGUCUCCCACUGGAGGUGUUCAGUGGGAUCCUGGACGACCUAAGCUCCGAUCUUCGUGGGAGGCCCAAAGUCAUAGUCGGAGGAGACUUCAACGCCUGGGCCCAAGAAUGGGGAUCCGUCUCGACCAACGCCAGAGGACGCGCGGUACUCGAGGCAUUUGCAUCGACGGACGUCGUCCUCCUUAAUGACGGUGAGCGGCAUACGUUCGUCAGAGCAGGAGCCGUCUCCAUCAUCGACCUGACUUUUGUGAGCGGAGCAAUUUCCCAAACCGCUAGAUGGGGAUUCUGCGACGCAUACACAGGGAGCGAUCACGAGGCUAUCCUAUGCUCAGUGGGAGGUCCCGAGAGAGCAGCACUGCGGCCCAGCAAAGCCUACCGGCCAGACACGCUGUGCACGCAGGCGUUCACAAACGCGCUGGACAGCAUGGCGGCCGAAGCGACGGGUGGAGCCAACGAGAUGGCGAACCGCAUCGCAACAACCCUGGAGCAUGCCUGUGACCAGAGCAUGCGUCAGAGAGGAUCGUUCCGGAGGAACCAUAGGCCGGUGUUCUGGUGGAGCGAUGUGAUCGCCGACCUCAGGAGCACCUGCCUUCGAGCCCGGAGGCAGCUGACCCGUGCGCGUGGCACGAGUCGUAGAGCUUAG